AUGGAUCCCGUUUCUGCUUUUGGAGUCGUUACAGGCGGUUUCCAGGUCCUUCAGGCCAUUGCAUCAACCGUUCAGGGUCUCAAACAACUGUACGGCAAAUUCAAAGAUGCCGAUCUUACUAUCUGGGCCUUAAUCUGCGAGUUGAAUAGUAUUAGGACCGCUCUGACAGCUCUCGAAGCGUGGUCACCGGCCUACUACCAUGGAUCUAAUGCUGAUGAAUUUAGUCGAAAUUUGGCUAUGACCAGGGAAGGCUGUUAUUUCAUGAUGAAUAUCUUAUCUCAAAAUGUCGCGGAUUUACAGCAGGGUGCUCAGCCUGAUACCGGCAUGGGAUUAAGGAUUCGAAUGAAGGUUGUGUGGAAUGAUGAGAUGAUGAAGGAACACCAAGGGAUGCUGCGCGGUCAAGUACAGGCACUGAAUCUCCUACUUCAAGUUUACCAAUGUACUUCGCCGGCUGAAAAGAGCCGGUUACUAGGAAGACCCGAAGCUCGUCAGAUUAUGUCCAAAGUCGCCGAUAGUACCGAGGUGCUUCGAUCACAUCACGGAAGCCGAGUGGGAACAGAUGCUGGCGGCCUCUCGAGAACAAGCAGCAGACCGCCGCUCAGUCACCUUGACUUUGAUGAGUAUUCAACCAGUUCACCAGUAUAUCAUCAACCCCAGCCACAACGGUCGCUUCCAAGACUAUCGCUACAGACCCAGUUUCAGUCGAAUUCUCCUCAAAUUACCCGAAGUGCCUGCUCAGACGAAGGCUAUGCUAGCAGCAACUACGCUGAGGCGUUUAAUAUCGGCGUGUCAUCGCUGAAACCACCUCCAGCAAGGCCGAGACAUCUAUCUUUACCGAAUAGCCCAUCGACGCCAAUGCAGCCACCGCACAGCAGAAGCAUAUCAUACAACCAUAGCUUUUCGAGCCCAAAUCCAAAUAUUUCCAGGCAAUGGCAUUCUGACUCUCAAACUUUUACUCAAGCAGCUCGACCUUCACCGUCAAAAUAUGAGAAAUUCUCAGCUUUUCUUGGGCGCAUCAACACCCGUAGCCGAGUACAUCUCUCGGCUAUAUCGCAAGCGAGCUCUCCAAAGGCCAACUCUCCCAAUUCUGCCACAAGCCCAACAAUGAGCCGAGAUAGACGCAAUUUUGAGGUUGAUCUAAGUCCUAGCAUUGAUUUGACUACCAUCGAUGCUGCAUUGGUUGAGCGGCUCAUUGAGCGAGGCUGUAAUGUGGAUGAGCGUCACAUCCAGACCGGUCGGAACGCCCUUCUUGUCGCUUCUCAUUGUGGGUAUGAUGCUGUGGUUGCCUUGCUUAUUCGAAAGAAUGCUCAACUAGCCGUGGUGGAUGAGUGUGGUGCCACAGCACUCCAUCUGGCGGCUUCUCGAGGAAACUGCGCUGUUCUCGAACUACUUAUCAAUCAAAGUGAACUCAUUGAAGCCACAAAUCCCGACGGCCAAACACCGCUUCGAGUUGCUGCUGAUCGCGGCCAACUAUAUGCAUUGGAGGUAUUGCUUAGCCACAAGGCGAAGGUGAAUUCUCGAGCUGAGAGGCUGAUGACUGUCCUCCAUGCAGCGUCAAAGCGAGGCGACACUCACGUCACCCAGCUUUUGAUCUCUCAUGGGGCAGAUAUCGAAUGUAAGGACGGCAUGAUGAUGACAGCUUUGCAUUAUGCAUGCGAAAUGGGCCAUAUUGAAGUCAUCGCACUUCUGCUAGACCAUCGUGCACAAAUUGAGUCUCCCGGUCCUGAGAGAAAGGCCCCUUUGAUAUGUGCGGCUGGGGCAGGUAUGAUCCAGGCAGUGGACCUUUUAUUAAAGCGACGAGCCACUUCGCGCGCCAUCGAUGAUGCUGGGAUGACAGCUCUCCACUGGGCCGCUUACAAUGGCCAUGAAGAUAUCGUUCAGAUCCUCAGUCAGAAGAAAAGUCCUCUUUUGUCUGAGAAUCAUGCUGGCCAAACACCAUUGCAUUUAGCAACCCUUAGCUCCCAGUUUGCUGUGGUUGAAUUGCUGCUGCGCAAGAACGCUCCAAUAAAUAGUCAAUUCAACAAAGGCUUGACUCCUCUUCACUAUGCCUGUGAAAAGAAAAAUCUCGAGAUCGCCAACUUACUUCUGCUCACUGGUGCCGAUACUGAGGCAUCUGACUAUGAAGAUCGUCAAAGAACUCUACAUAUUGCUGCAGCGCAGAACUCGCCAUCGAUUUUGAAUUUGUUAUGUGAUCGAAAAGCUAUACUCGACGCUCGUGAUGUUCUUGGAGAUCGGCCACUAUGUGUGGCAAGCCGUUACGGACAAGCCGAUGCUGUCCAAAGGCUUCUCGAACGAGGCUCCCCGCUCUAUUACCGACAUGAGAACAGUAGCUUCGAAGAUUCGCCUCUUUGUCUGGCUGCCAAAGGUGGGCACUUUGCUGUCGUCUCCAUCUUAUUAGAGUAUGGAGCAUCUGCUCUGCGAAAGGACGAAACAGGGUGGCAGCCGUUUCGUUAUGCCGCAUAUCAUGGACAUCAAGACGUUCUUCAACUGCUCCUUUCCUAUAGCAAUAUUUCCGACAUUGACUUUCCAGACAUCAUGAUGAUGCCAGAGACUAUUGGGUUUUCUACAGAUGCCAAUAUCUCCGAUGAGAAAAAGCGACAAAUCCAACAGCUUCUUGCGCAGGUUUUUGGACAGCUUAGCCCAGAGAGAAUAAUGAAUGCAAAUUCCCAUUCACCCUCCAUGAUAUCUCAACCUCCUACAGUGAUACAGCAAGGAAUCCUCGCUCAUAAAUACCCCAAAUCUUACUACCCAGAUUCACACGAACUUGAAACGCCAACAUACGCAGUAUUCACUCCAGCCUAG